ACCUUGGCCACCAUAAUGUAAUAAAACCGGUCAAUGAACAUGUUUUAAAACUCUGUUGAUAAAUGUUGACCAUAAGUUCCUACUUCCUACCACUUCCUACUGCCAAAACAUCUUUAUCUGGUAUGUGUGACCAGAUUUAAUAAGUAUCUGUUUUUAUCAGGAAUAAAAAUAUGCCUGAUAAAUGAUGUCACAGAAUUUAUAAAAAAUUAGUUUUACGGCGAAUCUCAUAAAAGCUAUGCUAUCGACACUCAUGUUUUUGUCCUGUAUAUUGUAUGUAAAUAUGCAAAACUACCUGUUUGUGGGUAAAACAAAACUAAACUUAGUGGAAACUACGAAGAUGAUGUAUUAGCAAUACACAAAAUGAGAAUUUAUUCUUUCAGAACAUUUAAACAAUAAUGACUAAGAAAAUGGACCUCAAAUAGAGAUCGUUCAUUUGAUUUUUUCUGUGAUUCCAACCGUUUUGUUUUACAAAAAACAAAAAUAACUCAAUUAGUUAAUUUUAGUAGAAUUUAGACAAUUGCGCAGUAAGGUAAAAGUGACAUCUGGUCACAUUAGUACAAUUGUCAUAAAUAGUGAACAGAGUUUUGUGUGCUGGUGGAUGUUGCUAAAUAUUUUUCAUUUCAAGGAAAUGCCAAAGAAAAACUGUUUCAUUUAUUGUGACAAAAGUAAACGAUUUAAGUGAACUAAUAGUAACGCUUUGCCUGGAAACAGUUGUGUCUUAUGAACUUGUGUAACCUUGGGACAAAAAGUUAAAGUUAAAAAAAGUAGAAUGGAACUAACAUAAGAAGGAAACAAUGAGUGCUCAAAGUGGGUGUGUCAGUUGUAAUGGAGGUUCAGAGUUGUAUGACAAUAAGCAUGAAGCAGACUGCUCUGAAGGGGAGGAUGCCCAGAUUAGGCUGGCUCCCCAUGUCCAGGCAUAUCUGGCACAUAACAAUCCCACCACCAACUGCUGCGGGUUUGCUAUACCCAUUGCCUUUGAACGAGCAGCACCUGGAACCUGGUGGAACCCUAGAUUUGACUCGGAAAUACUUGAAGGCCAAUACAGAAGUAGUUCCUUUAGGCAAAUUAGGUUAAGAUUCAGAUUUGCACUUUUAUACAUUUUAAUAUUUUCUAUAUCAUGGUUUGUCUACUUUGUAGUUCUUGGGCUACAUGGCAUUACAGUCAAGUGGCCAUUUCUGUGUUCAAUAUUUGCUGGAGUUGUCUUGAUAACAUGUGUCAUGCUAUUUAUCACAUUUACUGAUAUUUAUAAGAUUUUUACAUUUCGAAUCUCCUUGAUAAUGGCAUUGGCUCUUUGCAUCCUCAGUUUGUCUCUUGUAACUUUGACCACACAACUGGAAACAUCUUUCCCCCAAGUGGCAGAUAUAAGCCAAUCAGGACAUUUUACUAUUUGUAUUGAGAUACUAUUGAUCAUAUAUACAUUGACACCUCUGCCUUUGUUUGUAUGUGUUAUUAUUGGGAUAUUGUACUCCAUAGUUUUUGAAAUCCUUAACAUUAUCCUGCAUUUAUCUGAACAAGAAUGGCAAUAUCCCGGAAUGUUUGUGAGAGUUCUGCUCCAGCUUUGUGUGCACAUAAUUGGUGUUCAUAUUUAUUUGAUGACUUUUGUAAGAAUGCGUGGCACGUUUAUGAAAGUAGGGCAAAGUUUAUUGGUACGACGACAGCUGGAGAUGGAAAAACAAUUAAAAGAGAAAAUGAUUCAUUCAGUUAUGCCACCAAAGUUAGCAAGUUGGUUAAUGGAGGAGCAAGUGUUAGAAGGUGAAACUAACUUUAAAGCCCAACAUCCACUGAAUCCCAGAACAUCGAACCCUGGAGCUGGUGAUAUCAAGUCAUUAUUCAGGCCUUUCAACAUGAGCUGUAUGGAUAAUGUCAGUAUUUUGUUUGCUGAUAUUGUGGGCUUUACAAGGAUGUCCAGUAACAAAGGUGCUGAAGAAUUAGUGAAUAUAUUGAAUGAUUUAUUUGAGAAGUUUGAUGAGCUGUGUCAUAUACAUGGAUGUGAGAAGAUUUCCACUUUGGGAGAUUGUUACUACUGUGUCUCUGGAUGUCCUGAGCCGAGACUGGAUCAUGCUACAUGUUGUGUUGAAAUGGGACUUGGUAUGAUAGAAGCAAUUCAAGAGUUCGAUAGAGAGCGUGGUGAGGGCAUCAAUAUGAGAGUAGGAGUUCAUACUGGAACGGUUUUAUGCGGUAUUGUUGGUACACGAAGAUUUAAAUUUGAUGUCUGGAGCAAUGAUGUGUCUUUUGCCAAUAAAAUGGAAUCGACUGGGAAACCGGGCCGCGUACAUAUAUCGGAGGAAACGAGCAAAUUUUUGGGAGGUUCCUAUGUUCUAGAAGAAGGCGAGGAGGUAUUUGGUCAUAAAACCUACUUCAUUGAGGGACGUCAGCUUAAUUCUCCUUACGACCAUGAUCAAUGUAUCACACCUUCCAAUCCUAUUAAUCCUCGUCUCAUCAUAUCUCCCGCAGUUUCCCCGCAGUCAAAUUUCACCUUUAAUCACUCGCCCCUCCCGCUUACUGCGAAAACACACGCAUCAGACGACAAGAAGAGCACCAAUACUGAUACCAAUUUCCUGUCCCCAAAUCCAUUCAACUUUCGAACGAAAGCCAGUUCGUUGCCGAGUAUUCUUGACUCCGACGCUGAAUUGGAUGAGAAGAGAGAAAAAGAGUUCGUUGAAAGUAACGAUACUUCAUCGAAAAGCCCAACCUCUGUUGGCAGUUACGGCAAGUAUACGAAUAAACUGAAAAAUUGGAAGGUGCCCAGGUUUCUUAGGAAACAUUCGGACACACCGCUCCAUGAGAUGAAGAAGCAGAACUUUAGCGACAAAACGAUACAUUAUCUGGAGAGGGGGGAUGAGAAUGCUACCCAGUCGAAUAACGGUUACCAUCAAGUGCCUAUUGUGAUAGAAUCUCAAGAUAGUAAACAGAGGCCUGUGCAGAGCAGCAGCAAGAUCCAUGUGCCGCAGGGGCAGGAUAUGGCCUCCUUUGAAAGAGAAAUUAUCGACAUCCGAUCAUAUUUAAGUCAAUCGAGAAGUAACAUGUCGCCAUUUGCUAGAAGCAGUAGCUACAGAUCGCAUUACGGGAGGCCGAAUUUAGAGACGCCAGUGAGCCGUGCACGGAGUUCUACCCUGGCGACUCAGGGUGAAUUAAUCCGGCCGAAGGAUCGCAGAUUGAACCUUCCCCUGCCGUCCCAGUCGCCCAGGGUACAAGACGAUUCGGUCAGUCUGUGCCCAUCUGUCAAUAGUCGUAAGGACUCCGGUAUAAGAAGUACCAGCCGAAGGUCCAGUAUACAACAGCAGAUAUUCGCACUCAAUCAGACGGCAUUAGCGACCUCGCAGAAUGACAUAAUGCAGCACAGAGUGUCCGGUUAUUAUACGUCGAGUCAAUCGUCAUUGAAUGAUAUGCCGUCGCGAACUCGCCUGCCGCCGCCGCUCAACGAGCAACAAGUGCAGUCCCUGCAGAAGCUCCGCAAGCAGUCAGAUCUGCAGCUCAUACGAUGUGUCCAAGACAACGCCAGGUCGGGAAUCAGUUACUUCGUCCAACCACCUUUAAACACGUUCACACUAUUCUUCAAAUCACCAGAAAUGGAGAGACAUUAUCGUGAUAAAGCGCACAGAAGCGACGACAGCGAAGAUUUCCCACCCACUUUAACAACAUCCAGAUUUAACACUGCGUUAGAUAUACUUGUUUCGGCGAUCAUUUUUGUUGCUGUUACGAUAUCGAUAUUCGUGUUGUACUCUGAAUGGCGCCAUUCAUACGGUUGGGUCAUAUUUUUCUUUGUCAUAGAAGCUUUAGCGAUAUCACUCUGUGUGUAUCGACAUUACUUGAAAUGGAAAACUAAGAACGAACCUCUAGUCACCAACACAAUCAGGCGAUCCGUUAAGAUAUUUAGGAAGCUCUCAGAUUGGUUCCCCUGGCAUCUGUCCGGCAGUCUGCUGAUCAGUUUGCCGAUAUUGGCCGUUCUGAUUAACUUUUCUUGUAUGAACACAACGAUGACUAUACUCAAGGGCGAGCAAUCGUUUUACGUUUACCUCUUAUGCAUCGGAAUAGUCGAGUUCUGUAACUUUACACAAAUGAAUUGGCUCGUGAAGAACACUUUGGUCACUUUGUACGCUGGGCUGUUUCUGUUCUUCGCAGUGCUUGGUUGUCGCGAAGUUAAUGUUGCAAGGAAUCUAUCCUUCAUGAAUAUGAUGAACGGUACAUACGACGAUUGGUUGGAUAGAAAUGGAACUGAAUUAUUUGAAGGAGUGAGACACAAAAUGCAUUUGACAGAACUUUACUUGGAUGUCGCUUUACUGCUGAUGCUCGUUUGGUUCCUUAAUAGAGAAUUUGAAAUUAGUUACCGAUUGAGUUUUUAUAGUAACGUCGUGGCAAAUCUUGAUAAGCAGAAGGUUCAGAACAUGAGAAAUCAAGCGGAUUGGCUACUCCAUAAUAUUAUACCACGUCACGUGGCUGAUCAGUUAAAGAACACGGCGAAGUAUUCGGAAAAUCAUAAAGACGUCGGUAUUAUAUUCGCGAGCAUAGUCAACUUUAACGAAAUGUACGACGAGUCGUACUUGAAGGGGAAAGAAUAUUUGAGAGUUCUAAACGAAUUGAUUGCUGAUUUCGAUGAAUUACUAGAAAGGCCGCAGUUCCAACAUGUCGAGAAGAUAAAGACCAUAGGAAGUACAUUCAUGGCAGCUAGUGGUCUCAAUCCCGACUUGAGACACGCGUCGCGAGGAACGUAUGAUCAUUUGUACCAAUUGAUGGACUUUGCGCUUGAAAUGCAGAAAGUUGUAGAUAACUUUAAUCAGGAUUUGCUCGAGUUCGAUUUCAUUCUACGAAUAGGGUACAACUUUGGUGACGUCACCGCGGGUGUCAUAGGUACUACCAAACUGUACUAUGAUAUUUGGGGCGAUGCCGUUAACAUAGCGUCGAGAAUGGACUCAACUGGCGUUGUCAAACGUAUCCAGGUCGGCGAAGCUUGUAUCCCAGUUCUCUCUGUUAAAUACGACUUUGAACCUCGCGGCAGGGUCUACGUAAAAGGUAAAGAUGACAUGAACGUAUAUCUCGUUGCUGGUAAAAAGGACUCUUAGAUUAGAAAAUUAUAUUUAAAAAGCGUAGAAUCUGUGAUUUAAUUAUUUAUAUUUUUUACAUUGACAUUACGAAAUGGAAUACUAUAUUUAUGGUAAGGAAUAUCUACCUGUCUAUACCUUGUUUUUGAUACACUUCAAAGUGAUAGACUUGACGAAAAAUACUCGUAGGUGAAAUCCUAUUUACAUAUAUCAAUGUAAUUAAAUUAAGCGUCUAGAAUGAGACUACGAUAUUGCCAGAAGUCUUUUGAUAUUUAGUCUGUGGUUUGAGUCUUAAUACGGACGGCUCUAUAUUUAGCACAAUAACUAUUCUAUUUUAAAGUUUUUAAUAGUUAAUGUAAUAUCGUGGUAAAACUUCCUCUGUGAUUUCUUCUAUAGUAGAAAAAGUGCUUAGUAAUCCUUGCCUGUUUGCGAUCAGUACUCUAGUCUGACACAUGGGUAUUCUGAUAUCCAUUGUUCUGUGGUAAUUAUUUUAAUUACAAUAUCUUUGCAAUAAUUUGGCAAAAAAUCGUAAUUUUUGAACAUGGCAACAUUGACAACCCUUACGUCUUGUAUUAAAAAGCGAUGCCAUAGUUUUUUUUUCAGAGUUGCCAUAAUCUAUGCAGAGAUAUUGUGGAUAUAAUAAAAAUAUAUUUAUAUUUCUAUUCGAGAGGUAAAUCGUUCGAUUUGAAAUACGGUUUAUUUAGUAUAUUUAUUAUUAAACGAACUAAUCGUAUGUAGUGAGAUUUGUAUAGAAAAUGUAUGUUUUAUUUAUAUCGAAUUAGAGACUAUUUUGUACAUAAAAGAUACUAACUGCUACGUAAUUCGAAUUAAUUUUAUUUAUACUUUGUGGUAGGUAAUGUAGCAUUAACUUGUCAAUAUUUAUUUCAAGGUACUAAAUAUUUUUACAAUAGAUCGUAGAAAUGUGAAAAUGUAGCUCAUAACUAUUAUAUGUAAUGCUUGUCCAUUUUUUUUAUUUUUUUUUAUUUCAACUGCUUAAUAUUUAUGUGUUGUGUGGUAAUUCUGGCAGCUUUUUUACUAUAUUUAUGGUGAAAUCAAUAUCGAUUUAUUGAUUUUUUUUACAUACGUAGUUUUUUUUUUUAAGAAAACGUAUCGUUAAAUUAUCUACUUAAUCUAUAACAUUGAAAAACAAGACUUCUUAUCUAAUAUGUAGUGUGAUAAAUUCUCAAGGAAAUAUCUACAAAAUCCUAUUAAAACUACUGUUUUAAACGACCUUACAGGGGUAUACAAUAAUCUAUAACAAGGUAUAACAUUUUGUUUUUAUUCAGUUUGCUGUCGUACGCAUGUUUUACAAUAAAUGAGACUGCUUCUUUAAAAAAAAAAACAUAUUCUGUGCUAAAAGUGUGAAUUUACUUUUGUGACGUCAACUUAAUACUAUGGUAGCUGUAGUUAUUUAUAUACGAUAUAAUAAAGUGGGCUUACGGGCGAUACAUUUUUAGUGUCAAUUUUUUUAUUGAGUGAUUUUUUUGUCAUUUAUAAAGCUAUAGCUUUUGAGCCAACAUUGAAACGAAGAUCAAGUAAUUGAUGCUUCGUCUAUGAUUCAUUUUUCGCGCCAAUUUAAUGGUCUGUGACAAAUUAGGUUAUAAAAAUGUACUUUAAAACGAGUCGUAAGAGAUUCGUAAAUAAUAACAUCAAAAUGGGGAAAAAAUAUUUAUUGUGAGUUAUCGUAGUGAUUAUUAAUUUAUUAGUGAAAUGUGUAUAAAUGUUCUAGAAUGAUCCUAACUCUUAGAGAAUGUUCUGUCUUCUACAUGUAUGUAGUUUUUCUGACUUAUGAAGAGGAAGCCUUACUAUACAUUCCACUUGUAUUAACAAUUUGCCUUGAAAUUGUCUAUUUUCUACUUAAAACUAUUUAUGUCAACGGCUUUGAUAAUGUUAUCAAUUGUAUUUAUAAACAUUAUUGGACCAAAUCAGAAAUAACUUUAAGUAUAUUUAUGCGGAUUCGUGCUCUCUACAGAUAAUAAAUGUAUCAACUAAAUGAAAAAGUGCGAGAAAAUGGACAUAUUUUGAGGUUAUGUUUCUCAUUUGCUUAAAUAUGGUGAUUAAAAUACACUGAAAAGAAGGGGAAAAAGUUGUUAUACUCACAUACUUGAGAAACAUAACCUAAAAAGUGUCAAAGUAAAUUUGGGAUAUAGUAGAUUUUUCUAUACAUUUUAGUCUAAUCUCUACAAAUUACUAGAGUUGUCAUAGUUGCUUUAAAAUAUCUAAUAUAGAUUCAUUUAAUAUAUUGACAUCGAAUAAAUUAUAUUCCCUCAUUUUGGACAUAGCAAUUUACACAUUUUGAUACAUCAAUAAAUACAAUAGAUUGCAUUCAUAUAACUAUAUAUGUGUAUUUGUAGAGGUGACAUAAUAUUUUAUUUAUUGUUUUUUUACUUCGAUAAGUUUAAGAACUUUCAUUUCUAGAUAUCUUCUAUGUGCAAUGUUGCUAGUUUAUUGUAAAUAGUUUUGUUGUAGCUUUAUGAUUAAAAUUUUAAAUGUAUAAUUUUACAUAUCGACUCGAAUAAAGUAAUCAGAUUAUUUCAAUGAAAAUAUCGUUGACACGUACUGAAAAAAACAAUGAAAAUUUAUUAAUGUGCAUUGGUUAGUGCUCAAAUCAGUUGCUAAUUUCGCGUGCCAAUGUAUGCCAUUUUUGAUAUGCUAUUAUGAUAUAUAAGACUAUAUAACGUAAGGUAUACUUCUGUUUAGCACAAAUGUAGACUGGAUUUAUAAUAGUGUAGUUGCUUUAUUGUCUACGUUGACAAAGAUUGACUUCAAAGGUUCUUAUCAGAGUUCGUUAUCACACACAAAAUAUGUUCUCUUUCUUUCGUGAGACAUUAUCUUGAGUGAAAAUUAAAGAUGGCUCAAGUCACUUUUUCUGUUAACGGCACUGACUAGUUUUGGACUUAUCGGGUGUCCAUCUUAUGGGCUAGUAUUAGCUCUGAGUGGGUGGCACGACCGCGAACGAAGCUAAGUAAUACUCGGUCUGAUGAUGGACCCCCGAUGGCUACGAAAAUAGUCGGUGCUGUCAUCCGAAAAUAAAAGUGAGUUGAGCCUUCUUAAAUUUUCACGUGUGACAUUAGCUUAACAUUUUUCAUGCAAAUUCGUUUGUGCGAACUUUAUUUGAGGUUAAUAAUAUCAAUGGCUAUGAUAACUAUUUAAGGUUAUUUGGUCUCUAAUUAACACCUUUGAAGUCGAUGUAAGAGUUUUCUAAGAUGAGGGGACAGUUAUUUUAAUGCGUUACAUUGUCUAUAUUGUAUUGUGUAUUUAGAGAGCAUACUCCAAACCCUUCGUUUUAUCCCAUAAUGAGACCUAAUAUAUUAUAUGAUGAUCUGAA